AGAUUUUAAAAUUCUUCCGGAAUGUUUUCUACCAGAUAGCAAAAGUUUUAUUCUCUAUAGAACUGCAUAAGUUUGUGUAAACAUUUUGUGCUGGUCUUGUUCGAAUAUCAAAAUUUUCUGCGUAAUGCCGUGCAUUUUUAUAACAGAAGUGCAGAAAACCUCAUAACAACUAAAAAUGAAAGUAAAUUUUUACGGAAACAGAAGUUUUGGGAAGUGAUUUUUAUCAGUUUGUGAGCAGUCGAUGUAUUACUGCAGAUGAUAGUGACGAGCAACCUACCGAUGCAAGGGAAAAAUUAUUUACACUAACUGCAUUCGACCACAACCGUAACUCUUGAGUCAUCGCAUUCAUCACAAGAUUAUUCACCUAAAAAGUCUUCUUACAAUGACGCACCGAGGAUGUCUUUUGCUGAUGUUAUUGGCCGCCGUCACGUCGUCGUCGGUGGCCGAAGAAGCCACCACGCCCGAACCUGCAACACCAGCGGUGCUCUUCACACCUGGUAAUCUGCUGAAGAUGCCACUCGAUGAUGUUUACGACGUCGUCUGGACCACCACACUGCUGGACGUUUCCCAAGUUGUCAUUAAUGUCACUGAUGAGAGCGUGAUCACAGUCCUUGUUGAGUCGGAAGUCAUUGGAAUUUUUGAUGGAACUAACGUCACGUAUAGUGGCACGUUCAACGUGUCGGCCGAUUUCAUAGGUGUCUCAACCAUCACCGUGCAGCUGCUGGAUGCUCAAGACAAGGUUCUCGGCACCGGUGAACUAGAAGCAUCCGUGAUUCUGAGGUACCAGAAACUAGUGAGCAUCUUCUCGACGUCACUAGGCGUGCUGGUGGCUUUGGUGAACGUAACUAUCGGCUCUACUAUCAAUCUUGAAUUGGUCAAAAAUAUCAUCAAGAGACCCGUCGGGCCAAUCGUUGGUCUCUUCUGCCAGUAUGUGUGCAUGCCCCUGGUUGCUUUCGGCUUGAGCCAGACGGUCUUUGCCGGCACACCCGUCUUCCAGCUGGCCGUUUUCUUGACAGGUUGCUGCCCUGGCGGUGGACAGUCGAACAUGUGGACGCAUUUGCUCGGCGGAAACUUAGACAUGUCCAUCGUCAUGACCUUCGUCUCUACCAUCAUGGCUUUUGUGGCGCUGCCUGCGUGGGUGCUACUCUUGGGUCCGGUGAUCGUGCGGGGCGCUACGUUCUCGAUUCCCUUCGGCGACAUCGCUAUGCUGCUCGUCACUCUCAUCGGGCCCUGCUUCAUUGGACUCCUCAUCCAGAGAUUCCUACCCAGAAUUUCAGAAUACGUCAAGAUGGGUUUGACUCCGUUCUCGAUCUUUGUGCUACUGUACACUAUCGCAUUUGGAUGCGCUUCGUAUCGCUACAUCUUCUCAGUCAUGAACACAAAAAUCAUUCUUGGGAGUUUAGCCCUGCCUUUCAUAGGCUACUUUCUGGGCUUGAUUCUUGGCCUCGUCUUCAGGCAACCACGGAAAGACGCGGUGGCCAUCAGCAUCGAAACUGGCAUCCAGAACAACACCAUUGCGAUCUUCAUGCUAAACGUCACGCUCGUCGCGCCCCUGAGCACGCUAGGCAUAGUCAUCCCCGCGACAGUUUUCCUCUUCACUCCGAUCCCCCUCGUGAUUGUCGGGUUUGGUCGCCUCGGCUACAGAUAUUAUAAGUCCAGGAAGUCGGGCAAGGUUGACAUGGCCAUGGACAACGUUGAAGCCGAACAGAACGGCAAGCCCGACACGAUCGUGGCGACCAUGUCCAGCCGAUCUUCCGUGGCAGCGCCAGGUUCUCAGGUUGAGGCUCCUCACAAGAAUGGGAUAGACAACCCAGCGGCUGACUUGUCCGACAACCCCACCUGAAAAUGUCAUGUGUACAUAGCUAAGGAUUCAUGACUUAAAUUAAUGUCUACGAUUUUCGUUUUCCUAGAAUAUGAAAUAUCCAAGGAAAUAUUUAUAGGAAUAUUGUUUAUUUUUAAUAAUUGAAUUUUUAAAGAAAUCAAUCAAUACUAAAAAUGUUAGGUGACUUUUUAAAGCUGUUGCCUCACGGAUUUAAAAUUCUCACUUGGAUUUUGUUUGGGUGAUCCAAAUGAAGUUUUUAGCUACAUACCCGUAUAAAACAGUAAUGUACAAAUAUGCUCUUCGUCGUAAAUUUGAAGAUCAAUUGUCAGUGAUUUCAAAAUUCACACGUUGCGCAUUGAAUUCGUGAUCGUUAACUUUCUAAAUUCUUAAAGUCGAGAAUAAAUUGAAUUACUAAAAUUUUCACGGUACAAGAGCUAGCACACAAAUAUAGUGUAGGUUGAUUGAGACUUUUGUGUGUUGUGUGGGAAAUUUUGUCUUAUUGAAACUAUAAAUGUAGUAUAAAUUGCAGUGAUUAAACCGUUUCUAUUCGUGAAAUCUUACGAGUGUGUAUUGAUUAUACGCAUUGAAAUAUUAAUAUUACUGCGCUCUGUUAUAAUACAUGCUUGUUCAUUUGUGUCAUUGAACACCCGUGUUAAUUGCAGUUGUUGAUUUAAUGCACUUAUAUAUUUCACAUCAUGCAUUUUAAACAAAAAGCUAUUCUCAAGUGACAUUAAUCCCCCUUUUCAUUUCUGAAUUCACCCAAGAAAGCCCUAGUUAAUUUGUUAGCGAUCAUCAAAAAUAACAAAAAUGCAUCGAUGUUUUGUCUGUGAUACUCCACUAGGAAAAUAGAUACUCGCAAUCCGGCUGCAGUAUGAGUGCAAAUACCAGAUGAACUGAAAAUAGGUAUAAGCCUGCAUCCCUUCACUAUGUUGAGUUCUGGAAAAUACUUUUAUAUUAUGUACAUUAAGUUUUUGAAGCGCACUAUUUUCUUGUUUCCUAAUAUAUAGCCUAGGUAGUUGUUCCCAGCAUCACAUUAGAUUAAAUUUAAAAUUAAAAUUUGAGGAUCUAGUCCAGUUUAAUACUAAGCACGGUUCUCCUAAUGCAUGAACUUUUGUUGUUUUUAAGUAGCAGCUUAGGCUGCGCCAGUCGCCUAUACAUUUCUUUGUAUCCGCGAUUCCGAAGUCAGGUUAAGGCUACACUGCAAGUUUUAGAAAAAAUAAAACUGUAUUUAAAAAAAGGUACGGUUAUGGGAGGGAUAAUUCGUUGUGGUCUUCGUCCAUUAUUUUUCUCCAUUAUUGCCAUCAGUGGACACCAUAUUGCACAACUGUUGUUCUUUUUUUAUCGUGGACAAAAUAAGCUAAUAAUAUGAAAAUUUUAAAUGUUAAAUGUUUGAAAUGUUGAAAGAAAGGAAUAAUUUUCCAUGGUAACCAAGCGAGCUUGUAACGUCAACCACCUUCUGGACUGCAUAUGAAGUAAUUUUUUACAUGUCCUUUGGUUUCUUCAAACCUUUUUUGAUUGAGUCGCUGUGUAAGUGUAUAAUACUACUUUUAAAUGCAUCGAUAUUUUACUAGAAUAUGUGCCGAUUUUAUAAGCUCCGCCAUCAAACGGUUUUUGCAAUGACCGAUUCAUGUAAAUUUUACCACCUGGUAACAUUCGUCAAGUCGCCCAUAUCCUUUGUAAUAGAGAAAUUGUUUCAAUUGUCUAUCGCUACUUUGAUACUUUUACUGGCGCCCCCAAAACCAGGGUAAGUUGAAGCGCUUCAAAAUUUCGCUUGAUCUUUACAAAAUGUUGUGUUAUUGCUCUACCCGGACACAUUAUUCGUAUAUUUUUUAUUAAAUCUCAAUGCUAA